AUGCUUAGCGUUAGUCAAGUUCUCAACGCAUUAUCAGGAGAGUACAUUAAGUGGCCUGAAGCGAACAACUUUCAUCAAGUAGCUAGAGAUUUUAGAAACGCUGGUGGCUUCCCUAAUGUUCUGGCUGCAGUGGAUGGUUGCCAUAUAGAAAUUAGGGCUCCGUCUGCUGAUGCUGGAAGUUAUGUUAACCGCAAAGGCUUUCACUCACUCCUUCUUCAAGGAAUGUGUGAUAGCCAAGGAAGAUUCCUUGAUGUUUUCGCAGGUGUUUGCGGUAGUGUCCACGACAAUCGUCUCUUUGAAAUGAGCCCCAUGGGACAGCAAUUGAUAACAGAAUCAGAAAAUUUCUGUCCUGAGGAAAUGCAUAUUCUUGGAGAUGCUGCUUACAAAUUGCAUCCGUUUCUCAUGGUGCCCUUUAAAGAUAAUGGCCAUUUAACUCCUUCCCAGGUCAGGUUUAAUACAAUUCUAUCUAAAACAAGAAUGACUGUAGAGCGGGGAUUCGGUUUAUUGAAAGGUCGUUUUAGACGUUUGUUUUACCUUUAUUUACAAAACGUGGCGUACGGACCUUUAAUUAUUGUUGCCUGUUGCGUUCUUCAUAACAUAUGUUUGGACCUAGAAGAUGAUAUGAAUGAAGAAAUACUACAUGAAAUAAAUCAACAUAUUGCUGAAAUUAUUCUUCAUGAAGUAGAUGAGGAAAAUGAAUUUCAUAAUGCGCCUGCUGUUCAAAAGAGAAUGAAUAUUAUGAAUAUGCUUGUUGAUGGUAACCCUUAA